CGCAAUAAGAAAACUUGCAAGGACUAGACUGAACAAAGCAGCUGCCCAGCCGCCGGUAUCUGAAAACUCUCUUUCCCCUUCCCGGCGCCGGAGUCGGAGAAGGCCACCGCGGGGCGGGCGAUGGACAGCAACAACCUCCUGGCGGCGUGGCAGGUCGUGGGCCCGGGCGUCGCCGGCGCCGUAUUCGGAGCCGGCUGGUGGUUCUGGGUCGACGCCGUCGUCUGCAGCGCCGCCGCCGUCCCAUUCCUCCACUACCUCCCAGGGUUCUUCGCCUCGUUCGCCGCGCUCAUGUUCAACGCCGUCAACCGGGAGGACAUCGGCGAUGGUUACUAUUCACCGUACGACGACUCCGAAUGGAGGGUGAAACUCUGGCUUUUUAUUUCAUAUGUGGUGUCUUUUGUCUCGUUGGCUGGAUCAGUCGGUUUUUUGGUUCAAGAUGCGCUUACAGAUACGGGACCAUCUGCGUGGACUGGCACUGCUGGUGUCCUGCAGUGCGUGUUUGUUCUAGUGAGUGGGUUGAUCUACUGGACGUGCCACUCUGAAGAUUGACUUGAGAAGUAUAGGUAUGACCAAGAAAGACGCGGAUGCUAAAGGGGAACAUGAUUCGGGCUUGUUGGCUGAACGGCAAUUAGUGUAUCAUGGUCUAUUGUAUUCCCCAAGCCUCGAAGUUUGGUUUUAGUACAAAUAUAGUCGUGUACCAUGCUGCUUAAAAUUAGUUUCGUAAGAUGUUUUGGAGCAAGAAACUUCUAGGGAUGAUAAGUAGUCAGUAAAUAUCUUGUUACAUUUUCUCCGUUGACAAAUUUCUCGUGCAAAUUUAGCCAACUGUCGUCUGCUCUUGUACAUCCUGAGGAGCCUGUUGCCGCUAGUCAUGUUUGUGAAGUCGUCAGUUAUGAUGA